AUGUUAGAUAUCCAUCGUACGGAUUCCGUGCCCGAUACGAAAAUCUACUUUUCGCACAGUAUCCUGCCCACUUGCAUCGAUCCGCAAAACGUCUCCACGAAAAAGAAACCGUUCUCAACAUUUAGUAAGCAAAGGUUCAGUCACACACUGGACCUCAUACUACCGGAGGAAAUCUACGAUAUAGUGGAGAAAGAAUUGUAUCGAGAAAAUGGCGUUGGAGAUAAAAAAUACGCGAAGGUGCAUAUGCAACUAGGAGAAGUGCUGGAGAGCGAAUUCCUCGACCAGUACGUCAGGCAAGGCAAUAUCAUGAUGCUUAGUGAAGGACGACCGCUUGUCGAUAAUGUUUUCUCCCUCUACGACGGUACACUGCGUCUCGAACUCGACCGCCCUACCUACGAGCGUUGCGGCCUGCAAGGUAUUUCUAUCGAAGACGGUGGUCGCAAACACCAGAAGUCGCGCUGGGUCGUGGAGUUCAAUCUUCGCGAUAAGGCUAUGAGACAUGGCAAAGGGAAAUUCGAGAGACUGAUGUGGGCUUGCAGGAAUGUGCUGGACCAGAGUCUAACGUGGCUUUUCUAUAAUUUCAACCCAAGUUCGGCGGAAUCGCUCGCGGAGGGCAAGGAGAUGUUGUCGAAACACGCGCCUAAGAUAUGCUCCAUUGAGCCGAGUGUAAUAAAGAUGAGGAAUGUGCUGGUGCCGAAGUUAUCAGUGCACAAUUUAGCAAGUCUCUACGAAGAGGAAGAUGCGUUGAGUUUGCUUGAAUAUUGCCGCAUGCUCUCUUUGGACUCGCCUCGGCUUAGCGAAACCGAUGAUAUCGACCCCCAUCUGUCUCGUUAUGAGGUUCCUGAUUUCGAGCACGGAACAUCCCCGAGGAGCAUGGUUUGUGUUCGGUGGAGGGGCUUCAUCCCGUCUUCUUUCGCGCGCGACUUGUUUCUCGUGGUGAGAAGACUAAGCUUUAGGAACAAGAGUGGGAAGGAUGAGGAGGGAGAUGUGGAUAUGGAAGGGGACGAGAAACGCGAAAAUUGGUUUGCGGUGAGCGCAGAGGGUUUUGGAGAAAAGAACGCGUGGACGGCCAUGCAGUUUGCUGGGCGGGAGACCCUAGUUUGGGAGGUUGAGAGCUGA